UGCGUUUAUUCCUAGAGCGGUGGGUCUUGGCUGCCCCCGUUUUGACCCCCCGGGUGCGCCCGGCGAUUGUAAGCAUCGCGACACCUGCAGCGAUCAGCUCACUAUCUACGGUGGUGCCACUCCGCUAAUCCGCUAUGCAAGCUCGCUUGACGGCCCUCGCGUUGCCCGUGUUGGGUAUGCGCGCCGGCCCUGACCCUGCAGCCGGCGCUGGCACCCAGGCUUGUGCUCGUUAUACUGAUGGUGCCAAGACGAACAGCGCCGGGCCGGGUGGGAAGACGGCUAGGAGUGUUGCACAGAUGCUGUCCCAGGAGUGCCAGAAGCGACACUUCAAUCCUCACUUCGAUGAACGUAUGGUGGCGGGAAGAGGCUAUACGUGUGAAGUUAAUCUAAACGGCUUGAAAAUUGAAGACAAUCGCAUUUUCGACUCGCGGGCCGCUGCGAAGGAGUACAUUGCUGAGAGAGGACUCGUCGAGGUCUUGAAACUUCCCUACUCCCCUGAGGCGGCAAAGAAGGUCAUGGUUAUCGAGGGCCAUAGGCCGCUGACUGGAUAUGAAGAUUUCCGUGCCCACAGCCGUCGUGGCGAUGAUUACACGAACCGCCCUGUCCCUGCCCCUGCCCCUGCGCUCCAACCGCCGCACCUCUAUUACCCUCCUCGCUACGAUGACGAGGCUGCACGCAUAAUUCGCCGUAUCCAGGCCUUGUACGGCGAUCCGAUUGGUAUCAGCCCACGGGUCCUAGCGGAUUCGACCGCUUCUCGGGCGUUCCUGGAGGGCUUUUCCUUGGGAAGUGGCUUGCACGGGACGGCGAAUGCCACUGCUAAGCAUAUCACGGUACUACCACAGGGUUUGAUGACAGAGAGCCUGCGUCCCUACGGUACUCGGCGAGGACGAGAGAGGUCGCCCGCGCCUGACACUAAGCGCACCUAUAGGGCACGCUCGCCCAUCCCCCGUUGGGGACAGAACCGCCGCUCGCCUGAAGUAAACGGGGGAGUAGCUUCGCUUAUAGCACCCACUGCAGCUGAUGCUUUCGCAUACCCCGUGCCUACGUAGGGCCAGAACGAGAGGUGCUCUUAUGAGAGGCGUGGCCAGGUUGCUAGUGGCGUGUGCUUCAUGACUGCUGUCAGCCUUUUUUAAGUAUGGGUUGUGGUUGACGUGGACAUAUAAAUGUACUAAAGGCAAAGGUACAGUCUAGUUUCGCAGGUAUUAAUAUAGAGUAUACAGAUCGUGGUGGCAAUCCGACCCUCUGAAGACGCAUACUCCUUUGUAAUGUAACUACUGGUUCGGUUGACGAAAUAUGAAGUGUUUGUUCACGCUGGACUACCCCUACACGAUUGCAUUGACCUAAUACACCUCCCUCUUCGUUUAGAUUUUGCUCGGCAUCCUCAACCCGCCGUCUAGUCGGAUAACGGUGCCGUUGAGCAUCGGGUUCUCUAUGAUCUGACGGACGAGCUGGGCGAACUCGUGGGGUUGGCCGGCACGGCGGGG